AUGUCUCCCGUGGAUAAGAUCCACAACCAGCCGUAUGUUAUCUCAAACCGGGACAUAACUGAAGCUACCUGGGAGUCUUUGAUUAUGGCCACAUAUGAAUGGUCGCAAGAUCCAUACUCUGGCAGGGGCAGCCCUUGUCCUCCAGUCACGCCUGGUGGUUUGGACACCAUUGGAGCUAGGAGCUUUCGAGAGCCAUUUUGUAAUGCCCAUUUUGCAGAUCCUGAGACUUCAGUUCGAUGGAAGAGCUAUAUGGAGGGGACCACUGAGAAUGGCGAGCGUGCUGCUGCUGAGGUUGUGCCGGCCAUGAAAAUUUGA